AUGGCGGGUGUGUGCGGGGCGUGUGGUGAGACGGAGGAGGAGCGGGAUCUUUCUGGGAGUGUUGAAGGGAAAUUGCAUGUCACAGUGCGCAGGCGAUCAGAUGGCCGUAUGCGGGUGGAGUUGUGCAAAGAGUGCAAGCUUUACCACUGUCCCUUUUGCCAGCCGUCCGUCUACAAGCCAAAAGGAGACUAUGCAAGUGUUUGGACACAUCAAAUUAUCAAGAUGGGACAGUCCCCUGCGCCACUCAAGCCCCCUGCACAGCCAGAAUCCACAGCAGACCCCCCUGUUGAACCAAAGUUCACAUCAAGCCAAUCCCCUGCUCUACCCGAGUCCUCUGCUCAGCCAAAAUCCACAGCAGAACCCAAAUGCACAUCAAGCCAGUGUCCUGCUUCACCUGACAGCCUUGUUGAACCCACAACUACAGCUGGCCAGCCUGCUGCUCCGCCUGACCCGCCUGUCCCCGUGGACCACCCCUCUACCUUAACAGACAAACCUGUUCAGCAAACAUCAGUAAGUCACACUGCCGUCGGUGGAGUGGUGGAGGUGCUGGAACGGACAGUAGGCAUUAAGUCUCCAUGCGCCAUGGAGGUGCUUCAGGCAUACCUCCACUUUGAAGCUCUUACAAGUCACCCCUGUCAGUCUGCGGUCAUGAUGGAUCUUUAUCAAAAGGAGAUUUUCAACAUGGCGGGGAUUGAUAUUGAGGGCCUGCCUGAAUCCUUCAUUGGAGAAGUCAACACAGAGGAAUUCUGGGAUUCAGCGUGCAGGGAGAUCAUAACAAGCAGCCUGGUUGUUCGAAGGUCUACCUAUUUUGCCACCUUAGACGGUAACCUCAAAGAAGCUGCAGCGUCUGCAGUCACAACCUCCCUCACCCUGGCUGGAAGAAAGAGGCUGAGCAAACAAAGAACCGAGGACUGUCACAGGGCUGUGACCAGAUACCUUGUGAAAGGACUACAUCCGCUGUCCACAGUGGAGUCACCGUGGUUUAGAGAGAUGACAAAAAUGCUAAACCCAAAAUACCACCUGCCUACUAGAGAUCAGCUCAUAAACACACUGAUGCCUUCGUGGUUCUCCGUGGAGAAGAAACAUGUCAUCAGAGAGCUGCGUCAGGUCUCUGAGGCUGCAGUGACGUGUGACUGGUGGACAAGUUUUUCCCACGACCACUACCUGACAGUUACUUUACACUUCAUAGUGAAAGGCCAAAGGAAGCAGAAGGUGCUUCGUACGAAGCCAGUCUACGACGCUCAGGCAGACACAGUAGUGGCAGAGCAGAUAGGUGGCAUACUGGAGGAAUUCAGUGUCAGAGACAAAGUCGUUGCCAUGACGGUGGAUAAUGCAUUCAGUAUGGACGUUGCCGUCAAGAAAUCGCAGUUUAGGAAGCUGAGAUGUUUUGCCCACAUGCUCAGCCUCGCUGCACAGAAGGUGUACACCAGCAACACCGUGACCAGAUGGGCAGCAAAAAUAAGAGCUGUUGUUGUGUGGAUCAAAAGGUCUUCCACAGCUCAAACGGUUCUUCAGGGGAAACAACAGCUUUUGAAUCUACCACGACACUCUUUAGUGCUCGACGUCCGAACACGUUGGAACUCAUUGUACCUCAUGAUGGAGAGGUUUGUAGAGCAGUACGCUGCCGUACAGGCCACCACCACAGACCCACAGAUCAAACAGUCUGCUGAGAAGAAAAGGCUGGAAACGCUCUCAGACGACGAUCACCGAAAAGCAGAGGAGUUCAUCGGGAUCAUGAAGCCUCUCUACACGUCGUCGCUCUGCGUCUCAGCCGACAAGAGUCCAACUUGUAGUCAGAUAUUUCCCAUCCUGAAAAAACUGGAGGCCCACUUCGAAACCCAGGAUGAGGACUCUCUGUUCACAGCCACGCUCAAAGGAAAAGUCUGGGAUGAGCUGUCCACAAGUUACAAGGAUGGUGAUACUUGGAAGUUCCUACAGGAGUCGAGCGCCAUGGAUCCAAGGUUCAAGAACAGAAUUGACUCGGAUGAGAUUUGGUACAGAGUGAAACAAGCUGCGGUUAGGUUCACAAAAGAGGUGUCAAAUCAGGAGGAACAGAGACCUUUGCAGGAGGACAGUGAUGCUGAUGAUGUAUCUGAGCACAAUGAGUAUUCAGAUGAGACUCCGUUCCCCAAAAGGCUGAGGUUAACAGGCUUGGAGGAGCUUUUUGAGGAGGAGGACCGAGCUCUGAAGAGUUUCACAGCAGCAGAAAAGACACCAAUAUCUGAAAGAGUCCAGCAAGAAAUACAGCUAUACAGAAACCUGCCUGCAGUACCCACAUCAGAGGACGCUCUGGGCUGGUGGUGGAGGAAACGGGACUCGCUGCCUCUCCUGUCUCAACUCUCUAACUCAUACCUGUGUAUCCAAGCAUCGUCCACUCAUCCUGAGAGAGUGUUUUCCACAGCAGGGGACACAAUCAGCCAAGAGAGGUCACACAUUCUACCAGAACAGGCGGACAUGCAGAUUUUUCUACAGAAAAACUGUUAAAACCAGUCAAAUUUAGCAAUGCUUACAUCCUGUUAUUUAUGAGGUAUGUGUUCAAGUACAUCACUCACUGUGCUGCUAGCUUAAUAUUAUGUCUAAUUUACCUCAUAUCAACCAGGAGCAAAAACAUUUGUUCAUAUAAUGUAAAUAAAAUGCUUUUUAGAUUUGGUCAUACAAGUCAAAAUAAAUAUUUUUCACAAAGAUACCAUACAAAAA